GCUAUCGCGGGCCACGUGCGUCAGCUCCGGCGCGGGAGUUGAAGCCGGCCCCGUUCCACCUCCCCCAGCGACUCCUCCACUGCGCUCUUCGUGGUGGUGGCUGUUGUUGCUGCUGCUGUUGUUUAUUUCAGGCUGAGUGGACCAUGGAGAGCGCCAUGCCGCCCUCGCCGAACUGGUUCUGCAGCGGCGCCGUGAGCGCGGGGCCCGCGGGAGGCGUAGUGGGCUUCGCGGCGCGCAGCGCGGUGGUGUUGGUGGAGGCCGGCAGCCAGGGGCCCGUGGUCAGGGACCUGCUGGAGGGCCACACGGAGCGAGUGACCGGCGUCGCGUUUUCGCCGCACGUGGCGCACGCGUGCGCCAGCUGCUCUGACGACCGCACGGUGCGGCUGUGGGACACGCGCGGCGGCGCGCGCUGCACGCACGUGCUGCAAGGCGCGCACGCCGCGGGCGUGACGUGCGUGCAAUUCUCCCCGCACGAGCGGGACCUUCUGGUGUCCGCCGACGAACGUGGCGCCGUCUGCUGCUGGCGCCUCCCCACGGCGGCGCCCUCUCCGCCGGUGGGGGAUGCGGGGGACCCAGUGUCAAGGGGGGUGACGGGGGUGGAGGAGGAGGUGGCGGCAGAGGAGGUGGCGCCCCCGGUGACCGUGGGAGAUGCGCGCACGCACAUGCCGGCGCCGCGCCACGUCACCUGCCUGGCGCUGUCUCCGCACCACGCACACCUGCUCGCGCUGGGCUAUAAGGAUGGGCUGAUUCUCGUCGUGGACCUGCGGCGCCGCUUGGAGCCGCUGCUGCGCCUGCGUGGCCACGAGGAUGAGGUCCACGCACUCGGCUGGUGCCCCGACUCCGCGUACGACCCCAGCGGGACCCCCAAGGACCACCCGACCCCCGGCACCGGCGAUGACCUGACGGCCGCCACCAUCGCCGGUUCCCUUUGGGGGGCCCUGGCAUCCGGCAGCAAAGACCGAACCGUGCGAGUGUGGAGCCUCGCCCGGGCCAAGUGCUCCCUGACCCUGCGUCUCCCCCCUCCAAAGCGGCGUGGGGGAGAGAUGGACACGGCGGCCCCCCGUGAGCGACUCUGGGUAACGGUGUGCUGGAGCCACAGCCGCCCCCUCCACCUCAUCUCUAGCGCCUACGGUGGGGAGCUCCUGCUGUGGGAUGUGGGCGCUGGAGUGAGGAGCGGCGGUCGCAUUAAGGGAACCCCGCUUGGCGCGGGGUCCGACUCCCCCGGCCAUUCCCGCGUCGUCUUCAACAUCGUCGCGUUCACAGCUCGUCGGGAUGGGAGCGUUGCUCCUAAUGAGGAGGAGGACGAGGGAGAGGAAGAUGAAGAAUUCUUCAUUUCCUCGUCCAUGGACCGUGAUGUUUGCUGCUGGCAUGCGCGGGACCUGACUUUGUGCUGGCGCCUGCCAACGCUGGGCGGUUUCGCCUACUGCCUCGCGUUCCCCCCCGUGGAGUCGGGCUCUGACCCCGGGGCGCUGGCGGUGGGCGGGGGCGAUGGCGUGCUGCGCGUGUGGCGCACGCUCUCGCCGCGUGCCGCGUACGACGUCUCGUCGUACUGGCAGGGCGUGCACGCCAAGCUCACCGCCCUGGCGUGGCACCCCAGCAGGGAAGGUCGCCUGGCGUUUGGCACCGACGAGGGGAAAGUUGGGAUCUACGAUCUCUACAACAACAAGCCACCACAAAUCUCCAGCUCAUACCACAAGAAGACAGUCUACUCGUUGUCAUGGGGACCACCUGUACCACCCUCACCAGAAGGUCAGGCUAGCGGCUACGCGCUGUACAGCUGUGGGGGCGAGGGCUCUGUGCUGCAGCACAACCCCAGGAAACUUUCGGACGACGCAGUCGACAUCAACACCCUCAUCCACGCGGCCAACCUCACCCAGCACAAGUUCCCUGCAAGGAGUGAGUUGUCGUGGAGGUGCGAUGGCUCCCUGCUGGCUCUGGGAAAUGAUGACGGGUCGAUGGAAAUCUACUCUUCCCCACUCCUGCAUCACGUGUGCACCCUCAAUUCACACCACAAGACCGUGAACUGCCUGCGCUGGCUGCCCCCCUACCACAACCAAUCACAUGUCCCCAGUGCUGCCGUUGGCCAAUCGGAGGCGGUCGUUUCGAAUGGUCAGACAGCGGUGGGGAUGGUGGAGGUGGCGGGCAGCCAAUCGGGCGCUCUGACUGGGGAAUUGGGCCCUUCCCCUAACCAACCGGGAAGGCUGGAGCCGAGCAACCAAUCGGCGCUGGGUUUGCUGCUGGCGUCCGGGUCCAACAAUGCACCCAUCUUUGUGCACGACCUGCAAGGAGUCCAGGAUGGCGGGGCGGUGCACACACGCACACUGGCCGGACACACGGCGCGCGUGACGGCGCUGGACUGGAGCCCGCACCGCCCGGGGCUCCUCGUGUCCGCCUCGUAUGACGGCACCGUGCAGGUGUGGCGCGCCGACACGGGGGAGCCGCUGAGUAACUAUCGUGGCCACGGGGGCCGCGCGCUCAGCGUGGCGUGGUGCCCCAGCGACGCCGACGUCGUGUGGUCGGGUGGGGAUGACUCGAGCGUCCACAAGUGGAGGCCGUCGCAGCAGCCUCAAAAGCAGCCGCCUCGCGGCAAGAAGAGCGUGGAGCUGGAGCGGAAGCGUCUUUCGCAAUCAAAGGGCAAAGCCAAGAAAUCCAAGAAGGCGGCUGACGAGCCAACCCAGAAUGCAACGCGACCCGUGGAGGCGAGCUCUUGGAGGUCACGUGACCAGGCCUCGGCGCGGGAUUCGCCGCCGAUCGGCCAACCGCGCACAGAGGUGGCGACCACCGGCGAGAUUCCGAACGCUGCGCAAAACAAAGCAGCGCGAACCAUGGCCGUCGCAGCACCGGGAGCUGCCUCUGAGCUUGGGGAGGAGCGAGUGACACAACUGCAGGUGGCGCAACCACACGCGGCGCAGGACACGGACCGACCGGAGAAACGGAAGCUGGAGCUGGAUGCGCGGCGUCGCAGGAAGGCUCGCUCCCUCUUCCCCCUUUCCGUCUCGCGCGACCACCGACCUCGCGAGGAUCUGCAAAACGACUGCCUCUUACUGGCGGCGCGCCUGCAUGACCCUGUCGGACAGGGCGCCCCCCAAUCCGUGAGUCAACACGAUGACGAGCAGCUUCACCUGGGGCUCUACCUGGGCCGCGAAGAGGCGACGCGGUGGCUGGAGGAGGAGGAGCGCCAGCAGCUGUCCACCGGUCACGCUGAGAGUGCGUUCCAGCUGCUGCUGUGGCGCGGAGAGGUGGCGACCGCGCUGCUAAAUGCGGCGCGCACCGGCGAGAUGACGGAGAGCCUGCUGGCCCUCGCGCCCAUGGCGGGCAUACGCGUGUGGACGGCGUGCAUCGAGUCGUAUGUGCAGCAACUUCUGCGGGCGGAGCAGCCCGUGCGGGCGGCGACGUUCCUGCUGGCGCUACACCGCACGGGUGACGCGCUCGCCCUGCUGCGCACGCACGGCCUCUACCGAGAGGCGGUGGCCCUGGCUAAGCUGCGCCUGCCGCCCUCUGACCCCAUGCUGGGGGAGCUCUACCAAGAGUGGGCGGCUGUGCUCGAGGCGUCUGGCCACUACGCUGCUGCUGCCAAGUGCCAGCUGGCGGCGGGCCGCGCGCGCGACGCCAUCACGGCGCUGUCCCGGCGGGCUGACUUGUCGGCGUUGAGCGCGGCGCUGGCGGUGGCGGAGAGGGCUCGCCUCCCCCACGAGGACGCGGCGCCGCUCGCCCUGCGCCUCGCACGUGCCCUCGCUGGCGACACGCAGUGGGAACGCGCUCUCAGCACCGUCAAACCAUACCCCAGCCUCCUGGGCCGCGCCCUCGUCUGCUGUGUCCAGCGCCGUGUGAGCGAGCGCUUGCGCGACCCCGUGACCUCCGCGCUAGCGCCCGCACUGCUCCGCGAUUGGCAGACAGAGCUGGGGGUCGCGGCGAUUUUGCCGGGGACGGAGGGGUCAGAAGAUCAGCAGGCUCGGCUCGAAGAAGCUGAGCGACAGAUCUCUGCUCUGCUCGGGGGGCCCACGGCCACGCCGCACACGGCACAGGAUGAGGUGGUGGAGGAGGCGUGCGUGCGUGUCACAGCCGCCCUGCUGGCGUGUCUCCGUGGUGAUGGACUACGUUUCUCGGAGCGCUCCAUUUCCGCCCUGGUGCACGCGCUCGGCUCCUCGCAGCACGCGAUCGUGCUCACCACCUGCACUGCCCUGCUCCUGCCUGCCGAUGUGCGGCCAGUUGCUGGGAGCGACGGUGACGUUGUUUGCUCGUUAGCGGCCUACCACAGCUACUACCGCCUGUACCAGGCGUGGUGGAAGCAUGGCGGCGCAGUACAGGCGGACACGGCGGCACUGCACCCAGACACAAAGGCGCUACAUGCGUCGACAGCAGAAGUACAGGCGGACGCAGCAGCAGUACACCCAGGCACACCGGCGCUACAGACAGAUACAGCAGCAGUACAGGCAGAUACAGCAGCACCACACUCGGACACAAACACGUUGCAGGGGGACACAGAAGAAGUACAAGAAGAUGCAGCGACACUACAUGCAGACGCACAAGCACUCCAGGCAGAUGCAGCAGAAGUCCAGGUAGACACCGAAAAACUACAACCGGGCACAGAGGGAGUGAUGUCGUCAGCAGUGACCGACGCAAUGCCUGUCACGCCAGAUCCAACUGCAACAGGUGACACAACAACGGCGAUAAUUGCGACGUCAAUACCCGGACUGUCAACAGCCGAAUCGGCAGGAGUAGCCUCAGAAGCAAUAGCUGAAACAGCAACAAUUGACGCUGCAACUACUACAACUACUACAACAACAACAAUAGAUACAGCGGGUACAACACACCCAACAGCAACGCCAGAAACAACUGUGAUGGCCACGUCAACAGCAACGGCCAACUUGCCAACAGUUGCAGCAGCAGUAGCCACUGAAGCAGCAGCCACUGAAGCAGCAGCAGUUGAUGAUGAUUCAACAUCAGCAGCAGUGACAUCAAACCUGAUGGAAACAAUAACAAAAUCGACAGCUGCACCGGUAACAACCACGCCGACGGGCUCAGCAGCGGUGCUCGUAUGCGAGGAGGAGGAGGAGGACGAGCAGGAGGAAGAGUGUGAUUAUGAGCGUGAGGAGGGUGGAUUGUUGAGGCUGGCCGCACGUGCAGCACGUGCCUGUGUGAAUGAGCAGCGAGCAGCCGUGCAGGAUGCACAACGGAGACUGGUGGAGGUCAAGGAGGCGGUGGCGAAGCUCAUCAGCGCACAUACACGCGGGGAGUUGGAGUCUGGCCCAGGUUUGCACGAUCUCACAGCAGAGGCUGCCCGCAUCACGGCUGCCUUUCCCACAGCUGCCCCGGGUGUGAAGGCCGCCCCGUUCCCGGACGUGUGCGAGUGCUGUCUGCUGCUGGUGAGCAUGGACCACAACCUCGGCGUGAAGCUCCCUACCCGCAGCGUGGCCACCGUCGUCCGAAUCCUUGACCGCUAUGGACAGCAGCCGCCCUAUGCCUCGGCCUGGAACCGCCUGAGGCCAGGCUUUCAGCGUUUCACCCUGGAGCAAUGAGCCUAGCUCCACUGAGGGCAGCUCUAUGCUGGGGCAGUGGGGGUAGUGAGGGCAGCUCCACAAUGAUGGUAGUGAGUAGUGCGUACACACACUGGUGUGCGUGUAUACAUGCACAAUUGAUGUGUACAUGGACCCGUGCACAAAUGUCCCGCAUACCUCAUCUUGCGAGCUCGGUUUUGAACGUGAAAAUAAAGCAGUGCUUUGGCAAUG